AUGUCCAUGGAUCUAGAUGCCCCAGUCCCCUUUGCGGCUCCUCAGGAGGCAGUCUCUGCAACAAUCCUCUGUUGCAACUGUGGAGCUCCUAUCGAUGGAACAACAUCAGCGGGCGCUCUCUGUCAAGAUUGUGUUAGAUUGACAGUCGAUAUCAGCCAGGGUAUUCCUCGCGAAGGUGUCCUUCAUUUCUGCAGAGAUUGUGAGAGAUGGCUUCAGCCGCCAAGUGGUUGGGUCAGCGCUGCACUUGAAUCGAAAGAGCUUUUGGCGCUGUGUCUGCGCAAACUUAGGGGGUUGAACAAGGUCAGAAUCAUUGACGCGAGUUUUAUCUGGACCGAACCCCAUUCGAGACGUAUCAAGGUCAAGAUCACAAUUCAGCAGGAGGCGUUCCAAGGAACUAUUGUCCAGCAAGCUUUUGAAGUUGAAUAUGUUGUUCACACUCAGCAAUGCCCCGACUGCGCGAAGUCAUACACCCACAAUACAUGGCGAGCUUCUGUGCAAGUGCGGCAGAAGGUCCCUCAUAAACGAACAUUCCUCUAUCUGGAACAGCUGAUUCUCAAGCACAACGCUCAUCAAGAUACGGUCAAUAUCAAGGAAGCAAAGGAUGGGUUGGACUUUUUCUUCGCGCAGAGGAACCAUGCCGAAAAGAUGGUUGAUUUUCUGUCAUCGGUCGCGCCAAUUAAAGUCAAGAAGUCUCAGGAGUUAAUUUCUAUGGAUAUCCACACGUCUACCAAGUCAUACAAAUUCACCUUCUCCGUCGAGUUGGUUCCUAUCUGCAAAGACGAUUUGGUGGCUCUUCCCAUCAAAUUGGCCAGGUCCCUCGGCAACAUCUCUCCAUUGGCCCUUUGCCACCGUGUUAGCACCUCAGUCAACCUGAUUGAUCCAAACACACUUCAGACGGCCGAAGUGCCCACUGCAGUUUAUUGGAGAGCACCAUUCAAGAACCUCGCAGAUGUUACCGAGCUCGUGGAAUUCAUCAUCAUGGACAUUGAGCCCGUUGGCCGUUCGAAUGGACGAUUCCAUCUUGCUGAGGCGACGGUUGCACGUGCCUCAGACCUGGGCUCGAACAAUCAGACCUACUUCACUCGGACGCACUUGGGAGGAAUUCUGCAUGUUGGCGACUCUGUACUCGGUUAUCAUCUCACCGGCACAAACUUCAACGAUCCCAACUUUGAAGCCAUCGAAGCCAGCAGUCAAUAUAGCUCUACUAUUCCGGACGUUGUACUGGUCAAGAAGCACUAUGCUCGCAAGAAGAACAAGAAGACUCGCAACUGGCGACUUAAGCGCAUGGCUCGCGAGUAUGAGGAGGAGGCUCUGCAGCAGCAGGGAGCGUCAAUCAGUCGCAAACAAGAGCAGGAGCGUGAACGCAUGGAGGCCGACUUUGAAAUGUUCCUGCGGGAUGUCGAAGAAGACCAAGAAUUGCGUAGUACCCUGCAACUAUACAAGAACAAGAAUGCUCGGCCGAAUAAUCGUAUGCAAGUCGAAGGCGGUGCUGGUGGCAUGGAGAUGGAUGAGGAUGAGAGCGAUGACGAUGCGCCUAAGAUUAGCAUGGAAGAGUUGCUCGACGACUUUGACGAGCUGAACAUGGAUGACGAGGAAUGA